AUGGUGGCUCAUCGUGGGAACUUGAACUACCAAGAUUGUCGGCGAACUUUGACGGCGGGGUUUGAAGAGAGUGACAUUGAGUUACUUCGCGAGGUCUUGCAGCCGUGUGAGGACAUGGGGGACAUGGGGUCGUCUAGGAUGCCUGGACUUGUUGUGGCUGCAUCGUCUGACAUGAAUACCGCAGCACAGGCAGAAUCUGCUGCGCCUGGAGGCUCAGUCCCCGGUGGGACGGUUGCAUCGUCGGACAUCGGUGGCUCAGUCCCGGAUGUGUCAUCGACAACCGGAGGCUCAGUCCCUUUCGGAAGUCGUGGCAACGCUUUGCUCGGUUUCUUGGCAGAUACUUGCACGGUGAUGGGCUCGGACAUGAAGGACAAGAAGGAGCAUGUGCGGUUUCGAGUGGUUGACGUGACGGCUUUACGACAGUAUCGAGUACCGGGCAGCAUGGAGCGAUGCGAUGUCAUGACUUUUGUGCUGGAUUGUUUUCUGGGGGAGAGACGUCCCAAGACGCGCACGAUGACCCAGCGGGUCAGUCCCUCCAUUACUACAUGUGCAGAGAUUCCGCGUUUUUCUGAGAGAGUUGUGGCGUGCAUCUUAGACUUUACUGGAACCUUGCAAACGGAUGAUGGGGAAGCUGUAUGCAUUGGAAACGACAAAGAGCACUUGCAGGCAUGCCAAGCAGGGAAUCCAACCUUGACGUCGGCCAAGAGGUGUUCGUAUGGCUGGCACGAUGAUCAACUGACCAGCGCUGAAUACACUGCUGUGGUUUCCCGUGAAAUUUCUGCGAACUUGGAUUACAUGGCAGAGGCGCGCAGAAGACCUCGUCCAGGACUGCUUCACCCUACUGCGCGCGAUGAGAAGGAGGACAUUGGCCUGGAGGGAGAAUUUGUCGAUGCCGCAGACUUGGACGAUGUUCACGACCCAGACCCUGACGAGGCAGCGGAACCGUCAGCACUUCGCCCGGAACUGCAAUAUAAGCCCAUUCUGCAUGUGUCCGCGGCCGAUCUCUUUGAUGUGGUCCAUCGUCAGGAUACGAAGACGACCGCUGCUGGUCGUACGAGCGCUAGCACAAAGCGGUCCAGAGAAUUUUUGCACCAAUAUGGAGGAAAAUAUCUGGACAUGAAAGAAUCUCGGAUGUGUGCUAUGCCGAGUGCGGCAGACGUGAAGCGUGGAGGUGGCUUCGAUGUGGUGUCUGGCUUCAAGACGCAGAAGCUUUUGCAAGACAGCAGGAAAGAGAAGGAGGAGCAGUUGAUGGACGUGUCUGAAGACGAAAUGUUGCCUGGGACCUCUGGUGUAGUGGCAGUACCCGUCGAUCUGGCUCCGGAGGCUUGGGUCGCUACGGUGUCUCCGGCCGAGAUGGCCACGCAGUUACUCCAGCAACGACUUCCGAUGCGCCAGCUCGAUGGCGCGUACGAAAUUUCCAAAGAUCAGUACAGCGCGUGCGUGUUGGCUGUUGCACCGCUGCAGAAAUUGUGGGUUAAAGCUGGGGAACAGAACCUGCAACACUGCUUUGGGACCCCACAUCGCAUUCACGAGGUCUUGUCUUUGGUCACACCAGCAACUUGGCUGUGCCUUUACGUACUAUGUUAUGUUUCGAAGUGA